AUGGCUGUCAAUAUAUCCGAUCAUGGAUUUCCCCCUGGGACAGUCUUGCUAGAAAAUAGAAAUAACUCUCAAUCUGAAUUGAUUCUUAGCCCCAGCCCUACCGAUGACCCCGAUGACCCUUUGAACUGGUCCGAGCUUCGGAAAGCAGUCAACUUUGGACUCACCUGCACAUACGUGCUCUUCACAUUUGUUCUUAUCGAUAUCAACAGUCUCGCAUAUCGCGGAUACAUCAAGGAGCUAGGCUUGACCUACGCAACCUUCAAUCAGGCGAGUGGCUGUAACUAUGCCGGCCUUGCGAUUGGGUGUCUCCUAUUGAUUCCAUGUGUGCACAAAUACGGACGACGUCCGCUAUACCUUAUCAGCGCUACUCUGCAGCUAGUUUGUGCCAUUUGGUGGGCAAACUUCCAUCAUGCAGGGGAGUUAAUCACUAUCAGUUUUCUGGCUGGUAUAGCGGGCUCGGUCAGCGAGGCAAUUGUGAUGAUCACCGUCGUCGAUUUGUUUUUCGUUCAUCAGCACGCUCGUAUGAACGGGAUUUUCAUCUUCAUGCAAAGCCUUGGCGCCACCGGGGGCCCUGUCGUUGCUGGAUACAUCGUUGUCUCCCUGGGCUGGAGAUGGAUGUGGAAAAUUGUCGCAAUCCUGGUCGGAGUCAACCUACUCUUCGUACUUUGCUUCUUCGAAGAGUCCAAGUUCACUCAUACGCCCGUCGGGCACUCCGCCUUUACCAAGUCAACUCAAUUCAUCGAGGAUAAGGAAAACAACAAAUCCGAGACAACUGCAGUGACACAGUCCGUCGCAUCCUGCAUUACUGUUGAUGUCCAGCGAAGCCGUAAAUCUAUUCGCCAACGCCUGGCUUUUGUGACGAAGACGAAUAUACCUAUUAAACAACAUUUUUAUCAGCCUCUGAUUGUUCUGUUCACGUUUCCUGCGGUGGCAUUUGCUGCUCUUACCUACGGAUCUAUUCUUUCAUGGUUCUCUGCCACUGUGUCGGCCGGGUCGUACUUUUUGAUCGCUGAACCAUACAAUUUCAACGCUGCUCAGAUUGGCUUAUUCCACCUAGGAGGGUUCACGGGCACUGUUCUAGCCACACUGACAGCACCACCGUUGAACGACUGGCUCAUUAUUAGGCUGGCCAAACGGAACGAAGGUAUUUUCGAACCAGAAAUGCGGCUGUGGAUGAUGUUCCCCGCCGCUGCUAUCAACUCUGCUGGGUUGAUGCUAGGUGGGAUUGGUCUUGCGAAGGGUUUACAUUGGGCCGUGCUGGCCGUCGGUAACGGCAUCUUCGGGUUUGGUUUCAUCGUCACUGCCGACGUUGCUCUCACCUAUCUAACCGAUAGUUAUCCUGAUAUCCUCGGUGAUGCGCUUAUAGCCGUGGUAUUCGUUCGCAAUGGCUUAGCCAUGGUCAUCCGAUUUUCGUUCACGGACUGGAUAUAUGGCAUGGGUAUUCAAAACACUUUCAUCCUCAUUGGAGUGAUUGCCUUUGUUACUGCGAUAUUACCGGCCCUGUUGAUGAUCUAUGGUAAACGGGCCAGAGUCAAGACAACUCAGAAAUAUCGAGCAUACGCAUCCUGUCAACAGGUUGCGAGAGCUGUAGACGUGACCACCUCUUGA